UGUCCGGUAGAGGCAGAGAAGAAGAACAAGCACCGGAUUAGCAAAUACUGUAGGUAAAAAUAUUUCCAAUGACAUUUUUUUUUAAAUCGAAGCGCGAAGCAACGGCGCCAAAAAUGAACUUUUCGGUACCAAUUGAAGUUUCCCUGGUUUUUGUGUGGUGAACUUCACUUUCCUUCAUCGUGACGCGACAAGCUUGACGACAUAAUAGGCUGUUACGGUUCGGCAUCGUAGCGCACGAUGUGACACUGUGGACCCGGCUUACAUCCAGGUGGUUGUUCUUUAAUCGAUCUGGGUCGAUUCGCACCUCGGGUCACCGCUACUGUGGAUUUCGCCACCUGUCUGACCACGGAAUGGAGUGCCGUCGGCUAGCUAGCGAGCUAACGUCGUCUUCACUUUAGCUCUCAGUGCUAAAAAUACACCUCUUGUCUUACGCCUCCAAAGCUGGUGGGCUAGACCACAUUAGGGUCUUGGUCUGUGAUUUCUUGCCGUCUUGCUGGGGUUCUGGCUCUCUACAUGGUCACCCCCGUGCUUUUACGACGACUGGAAGAGCGAGUCGAACCCCGAGGCUGCGAGCCGAGUUGGCCUGGCGCAAACGCCGAGUCGCCCCGGGAGACUGGUUUCUGGGCUCCUAGUGAGAGAAACCUGCUGGUGUUGACUCAAUGGCCUUGUCCGCUCAUUCGGGGUAAUAUAACAAAGCGUUGAUCCAGUCCAGGGUAGGCAGACCGAAACUUUUGGAAGGUCAGUGGGAAGGAAUCGUCUUGUUUAUACUGUCAACUGGGAGAGACGAACAUCUGUCUGGAUCAACAUGUCCGAGGAUAACAACGCAGACAAGUUCAUCAAGGAAACAUCCAUCCUUGACGAAUACAACAUCAACUGGACCCAGAAACUUGGAGCUGGAAUCAGUGGACCCGUCAGAGUCUGUGUGAAGAAAUCGACUCAGGAACGCCUCGCCCUGAAGAUCCUCAUUGAUCGCCCCAAGGCCAGGAAUGAGGUUCGACUCCACAUGAUGUGUGCCAACCAUCCUAACAUAGUCCAGAUCCUUGAGGUGUAUGCCAACAGUGUCCAAUUCCCACACGAGUCCAGUCCUAGAGCGAGGCUUCUAAUAGUCAUGGAGAUGAUGGAGGGUGGUGAACUUUUCCACAGAAUCAGUCAGCACAGGCACUUUACCGAGAAGAUGGCCAGCCAAGUCACAAAGCAGAUCAGUCAAGCUUUGGAGCACUGUCACUCCCUAAAUAUUGCACAUCGUGACCUGAAGCCAGAGAACCUGCUCUUCAAGGAUAACUCUCUGGAUGCUCCUGUGAAGCUGUGUGACUUCGGCUUUGCCAAGAUUGAUCAAGGGGACUUGAUGACUCCUCAGUUCACUCCCUAUUACGUAGCACCUCAGGUACUUGAGGCUCAAAGACGGCACCAGAAGGAAAAAUCUGGAAUUAUACCUACCUCACCCACUCCAUAUACCUACAACAAGAGCUGUGAUCUCUGGUCUCUUGGCGUGAUCAUCUACGUGAUGCUGUGCGGCUAUCCCCCGUUCUACUCCAAACACCACAGUCGAACCAUCCCCAAAGACAUGAGGAAGAAGAUCAUGACGGGCAGUUUCGACUUUCCCGAAGACGAAUGGAGUCAGAUUUCUGAAAUGGCUAAAGACAUUGUGCGCAAGCUCUUGAAGGUGAAGCCUGAGGAAAGACUGACCAUUGAGGGAGUCCUGGCUCACCCGUGGCUCAACAGCACCGAGGCCCUGGAUAACGUCUUGCCCUCCGCUCAAAUGAUGAUGGACAAGGCGGUGGUCGCAGGAAUCCAGCAGGCACAUGCAGAGCAGUUGGCCAACAUGCGGAUCCAGGAUCUGAAUGUCAGCCUGAAGCCCCUCAACUCCGUCAACAACCCGAUCCUCAGGAAACGGAAACUUCUCGGCCCAAAGCCAAACGACGGUUUCUUCAUUCACGACCCAGAAAACGGUGGCGAAGACUCUAAUGUAGCACUGGAAAAACUGCGAGACGUCAUUGCACAGUGUAUCCUGCCACAAGCCGGCGAGAAUGAGGACGAGAAGCUGAACACCGUGAUGCACGAAGCCUGGAGGUUCAACAGGGACUGCAAACUGCUGCGUGAUGGUCUGCAGGGACUCAGCUGGGACGGACGCGCCUUUUCCGACAAAGUGGACCGCCUGAAGUUGGCCGAGAUCGUCAAACAGGCCAUCGAAGAGAAGACCAAUCUCAUUAGUUAGACACCUUUCUAACUUCUUUUUAUAUCCUUUACUACAACUCUUUUUAACCUGUAAAGAGGCUUUUCUACGUCGCGUUUUUGUUAUUCCGCAGUUUAGCCGAGACCUGUUGUACAACUGUAGAUAUCUUCCGAACAAGGACUCAUUGAUACCUUUUUUUUUCUUGAGAAAAACGUGGGAAAACCUAUAUUUUCAUUUUUGCAAAAAAACAAAAAUGUAGAGGGAAAAUGUUUCUUCCAGGUGGGAGUUUUUAUUCGUCGCCUGUUUUAUCCCAAUCAUUUCCUUUUUAUUGUAUUUUCAUUUAUCUGAGAAAUUUAUUUAUUUAAACAGAUUAUUUUAUACCGUUUUGUUGCCUGUCCGCUGAAGGCUCUAAAUUAACAAAAAAAAAGUUCUUCCAAUCUACUAUGUUUUUUAUUUGUGUGACCUGAAUUAAUUCUGUCAGAAGAGCUCUUCUUGAUCCAACAGCUGCUCACAUGGAUGCAGUUUUGUGUUUUAUUUACAGUAAAGUGACUGCUGUGCUUCUCAACUGUCGCUUUAAAAACAAACUACCGGUAGUUUUGAUACAUUUUAAAUAAGUUGUUAAUAAUUUAGCUAAGGCACAAGUCAGUCAGGAUGGGUUUCUAAAGUGGGCUACCAAGCCUGCACGCGUCUGUGUGCACACAUCAUCAGCAGUAUUAGCCCUGGCUGCUGCUUCCUUGUGGGUGAGCUUGGCAUCUCUGCUCUUUAAAUUAUGACUGAAUUCCAACGUUUGCUUCACCUCCUGGAGCCGACAUCUGCUUGUCAGUUGCCUGCCUGCAGUACGCCACUUUGCUUUGCUGAGUUGAGAGACCUCUAGUCCUGUUGAGCACCAUGGCUUCAGACAUCCGUUCCAAGGAGCCCAUAUCGAUAACAAGAGCUGCAUCCUUGGCAAAAAUGAGUCAGUCCUGUGUUGACUUCACUUGAGACAACACCAUCUUUUAGCUUCCCUUGUCAUAUCAUAUUACAGUGUUUUAGAGAUUUGGUCUGAGAGUCCAAACAUCUCUGGACUACAGAGACGCAGGUGAAUCUGACCCAGGAUACCUAGAUCAGGAAUGUAGUGGACACUUUCUAAAAAAACCCAAAUGUACAGUGGAACUCCUUCACUGUCCUACGCAGUAUUCAUGUUCUUGAGGUGUGGUAGUUUGAAAACCAAUAGAUCCAUGGGACUAUUUGUCCUGCAGUGAUCUUUGUUUUCCAACCGUGAAGCUAUGUUGCCUAUUCCCACACCAGUAGCCUCCCCUUUCAUUGGUUCCCUUAGCAUCGUCCUCUUAGCAAGGCUUCUCACUACUUGCCCUUUCUUAGUCGCCAUCUUCUACUUGCAAAGACGCCCACGUGCAGUGACAGACCCGACCCAUCCAACCAUUACUCUGAAGAGCAGCAUGUGGCUCAAGGGUGCAGACAGAAGUUGGAAGAUACACCCAGUGCUUCAACAUGUCUACACUCAUUCUAUCAGCAAGCUUGUCUCUUUAUCAGGCCACCUAAGUGUCCUGGAGUGGGCAGAGCGAUGGGUCCGAUCCAAGUGCCCAGCACCAUCCUCAGCUCUGUUCUACCAGUAAUCUGAUUGGCUCUCUCCUGAAGGUGUUGACCUCACAAUAAGUGCUUUUCCUCUCACCUUUGCAGCUUCGCCUUUUGGACAAAUAUCUUCCUACUUUGAGUCCAAACUACUGUUUUCCUCUGACGCAAAAAAAUGUAAUUCCAAGUGUCAGGGUCACCACCAUCAGCGCAGUCUUGUUUCUGAAGACUUUGUUUUGAAGUGCUCUGUCAGCACAGCAGCGUACUGUAGUAGCAGGUUUGAAGCUCACUGGGGGACUGUGAGCCACUAAAGAUGCUGUCAUCAUCCACACGCUCACAAAAAGAGGUGGAGCUUAUUUGGAGAGACUUCAGUAACAGAAGUGAUGGACUAUAAAGCAAUGUUAGGGGGAAAAAGAAAAGCGAGGUAAAAAGACAGUAUUCCAAUGUUUGUAUGCAAAAGGUGACAAGUUCCUAUGUUUCAUGUCUCGUGGUGAAUUUUCAACUCAUUUAAUUAUGAUCAUUUGUCGUGAGAUGAUCCAAAAAUGAGCUUCUUCAAAGUCAUAUGUGCCUUUGCAAAAGACAAAGUUGUUUUUGUGACAUUAACAAUUUCAUGUUUUUGAAGCAGCCCUCCCAACAGGAUUGCAUGUUUUGGCUCUCUGAAAUCAUUGAAAUGACUUUCUGUGCUUCAAUAGUUACUUAAUUGUUCUGGACUCAGCAAACGGGAGUUCUGAUUUUCUCCUCCACCAAAUGAAGAAUAGACCACACAACAAUGUGGGUCUCGUGUGUAGCAAAGUGUUUCCUAUUCCCGCGGCGUGAAUGGAGCAGAAUAAGAAGGACACACAUGUCAUUCCUGUAAAUGUUGCAGUCAGAACGAAGCAGUUCUCUGGUUUGGCUGUGAUGUAGCAUGUACUUGAAAAUCCCUUUUGAGAACAUAUUUUGCCUUCUCUGCCUCUGGAAUGUCAUCAACAUGCUGAAUUUGAUAAUAAACAAU